AAUAACCACUGACGUAAUAUUUCCACCCCCAGGGACAAAAAAAAUGCAAAUGCCUGGGGGUAUCUCUAUUUGAUUGAUGCAUAAUUUUGUAAAGUUAACUGAUUUGACCAUCGGAUUCCAUUCCACAAAAGUAUUGAACACUGUAAAUCGCGUAGCGCUUUGUCCUUUCCAUCAUAUAAACACAAUACUUAAAGCAUAUUGAACAAUUUCAUCAGCCCGGAACAAACUUUCGACCACGCAACCUAUAUGAAGCAAUCUGAAGUCAACCCAUAAAAUCUUUACCUCAGAAUCCCAUUCGAUGGCCAACUUUCUUUUCCUUUAAUUGAUACCAUGUUUCUCACGAAAAUCAACGCUAUAUUUUGGCUGCGUCAAAAGAUUGAACCGAAAUGACGAAUUUUCCGCAUUCCUCCCCUCCCUAGUGGGAAUACUAGUCCAUUUGACUCAUUACCCAGUUUCCCACGUCAAGGUUGGAACGCCUGGCAGUAAUUGACACUUGAGUCGAAACACGAUGCCUGUUGAUAGCAGAAGGAUCGCUGGUCCUGAAGAAACGCAACCAGUUGUUUCUGGAAUCGAGAAAUGCUUUGAGAAUCCUCUGACAAGCAACGAAGGAUUGCGAAAAGAUGGCCGAAAAGUGGACGAACUUCGACCGAUAUUUCUGCGAUCGGGAGUAGUGAGUCAGGCAAGGGGCUCAGCGUAUAUUGAGAUGCAAAAGACCAAGGUCACCUGUGCUGUAUAUGGACCAAGAGAGUCACAGAGACAACAUGAAUUUAGUGAAAAGGUUCAGAAAGGUAACACAUCACUUAUGGAUCCAACAUUUCAAGAGGGAUUGUCAUCAGAAGCUGAUGGUAAAGUUACUGUCGCUUUUCUUCCCACAAUGAAUGUUGUGUCUGGUCUGUUACAAGAUGGUGAACUGACCCACGAGCAGUCAGUUAAGGCUCUCAAAUGUUGUAUGGAAGGUUGUGCAAGAACCUACCCAGUACUUCAAGAUGCCCUAGUACACACUGUUAAGCGAACUGUCAAAUCCAAACACAAGUAGCUAGUAAAUAAUUUUGAAAACAAUGUUGGGAUGGCGACUAUUGUAAGUUACAGAUUCAGUGGCGGACCUACCCUUAUUUUGGGUAAAAAAAAAGAGGAAGUCACAGAAGGAAGAAAAGCUGACAAGGGAAGCAAAACAACCCCCUUUCUCCCNCCCCCCCCCCCCCC